GAGUAGCUGUCGGGCGGAAGAACGCGCGCCGCACGGCGAAGAUGAGGUCGCACGCGAACGGCACGUCGCGGAACACGAACCCGCUGUUGGCGGCCAGGUCGGCUGGGAAGGGCGAUGUCUCGCGCGGGUAGAUGCGGGCUGCAUAGACGGGCGUUUGCGGGCGCGGGCUCGGCGCGGGGCCUGCUGCUGCUGCGAAGCCGAGGCUGGGGUUGAGGGCGAGGCUGUGGUUGUGGCCGAGGGUGGGAUGGGAUUAGCAGCGUUGGCCAACCCCCUGCUGGCCGACUACCAGGUCCACAACACCAACAUCUUUUCUAUCGUGGACAACUUCGAGUUCAAGCGCAACGGCCAGACAACGUACGUCGACGCGGCCGAGGCCGACUACAGCGUCAUUGGAUGGCAUUCCCGCGACGACGACGACCCAAUGACAUCAGCAGCACAACUCGCCGACUCGGACGUGCCGUCGCACGGGGACCGGAUGGCAGCGUGCAACAUGCGACUGCUGGGCUACGACCCCGACAGCAACCCCAACGUGCAACCAGGCUAGGCAGCAGCAGCCGCGGCAUGGCUCAAGCAAGAAGGCGGCCGCGCACGGACCGACGCGCGCACGCUGUGCCACGCGGCCAUGUACGAGGUCAAGUGGGACGCGGGGCGGCUGCCGGGGACGGUC